AUGCUUCGCUCAGAAGCUCUGGGGUUAUUUUAUUCUGACCUUCAAAAUGAUCUUUAUAAAUCCCCCUUUGCCAUUUAUCAUCGAAGGUAUAGCACAAAUACUAGUCCCAGAUGGCCUCUUGCACAACCAAUGAGACUUCUUGGUCAUAAUGGAGAGAUCAACACCAUACAGGGGAAUUUGAACUGGAUGCAGUCACGAGAGCCUUCGUUGAAGUCACCUGUAUGGCGAGGUCGUGAAGAUGAAAUUCGUCCAUUUGGAAAUCCAAAGGGAUCAGACUCAGCAAAUCUUGACAGUGCUGCAGAAUUAUUAAUAAGAAGUGGUCGAAGCCCUGAGGAGUCCAUGAUGAUCCUUGUUCCAGAGGCUUACAAGAAUCAUCCAACACUGACAAUUAAAUACCCUGAGGCAGUUGACUUCUAUGACUAUUACAAGGGCCAGAUGGAAGCAUGGGAUGGACCCGCCUUGCUUUUAUUCAGUGAUGGAAAAACUGUUGGUGCAUGCCUUGAUCGGAAUGGACUUCGACCUGCUAGAUAUUGGCGAACAUCAGACAAUAUGGUCUAUGUUGCUUCUGAGGUUGGUGUUGUACCAAUGGAUGAAUCAAAGGUUAUCUUGAAAGGCCGAUUAGGUCCAGGCAUGAUGAUAACGGUUGAUUUACUUGGUGGUCAGGUCUAUGAGAAUAUGGAGGUUAAAAAACGAGUAGCCUUAUCAAACCCAUAUGGAGACUGGAUCAAGGAAAAUCUGCGGUCUUUGAAGUCUGGGAAUUUCCUUUCAUCCUCUGUGAUGGAGAAUGAUGCAGUAUUAAGACACCAACAGGCAUUUGGGUACUCCAGUGAAGAUGUCCAGAUGGUGAUUGAGAGUAUGGCUUCUCAAGGAAAGGAACCUACAUUUUGUAUGGGAGAUGAUAUUCCAUUGGCAGCGUUAUCUCAGAAACCUCACAUGCUUUUUGAUUACUUUAAGCAGCGGUUUGCACAGGUUACAAAUCCUGCAAUUGAUCCACUUCGAGAAGGGUUAGUUAUGUCUCUUGAAGUAAAUAUAGGGAAAAGAAGGAAUAUAUUGGAAAUAGGACCAGAGAAUGCUUCACAGGUUAUAUUAUCUAGUCCGGUAUUGAAUGAAGGGGAUCUUGAGUCAUUGUUGAAAGACUCCCACUUAAAACCACAAGUGUUGCACACAUUUUUUGAUAUAACUAAGGGGAUUGAUGGUUCCUUGGAGAAAGCAUUAACUAAGCUUUGCGACGCUGCAGAUGAAGCUGUUAGAAAUGGUUCCCAGCUGUUAGUUCUUUCAGACCGAUCAGAAGCACUGGAACCAACUCAUCCUGCAAUUCCAAUACUUCUUGCUGUUGGUACUGUUCAUCAGCAUCUAAUCCAGAAUGGUCUUCGGAUGUCAGCUUCAAUUGUAGCGGAUACUUCUCAGUGCUUUAGCACUCAUCAGUUUGCCUGUUUAGUAGGAUAUGGUGCAAGUGCUGUGUGUCCAUACUUGGCACUGGAGACAUGUCGUCAAUGGCGUUUGAGUAAUAAAACGGUAAAUCUGAUGAAGAAUGGAAAGAUGCCAACUGUAUCAAUUGAACAGGCGCAGAAAAACUACUGCAAGGCUGUAAAAGCAGGUCUUCUUAAAAUUCUUUCCAAAAUGGGCAUCUCAUUGCUUUCAAGUUACUGUGGUGCACAGAUAUUUGAAAUCUAUGGACUAGGGAAGGAAGUUGUGGAUCUUGCAUUCAGCGGAAGUGUAUCGAAAAUUGGUGGAUUAACUUUUGACGAGCUAGCUAGAGAAACUUUAUCUUUCUGGGUGAAGGCAUUCUCUGAAGAUACAGCUAAAAGAUUGGAAAAUUUUGGAUUUAUACAGUUUAGACCAGGAGGCGAGUAUCAUGCAAAUAAUCCAGAGAUGUCAAAGUUGCUCCACAAAGCUGUUCGUCAGAAAAGCCAGAAUUCCUUUUCAGUUUAUCAACAAUAUUUGGCUAAUCGACCUGUGAAUGUUCUCCGUGAUCUUCUUGAGUUCAAAAGUGAUCGUGCCCCCAUACCUGUGGGGAGGGUUGAACCUGCUUCAUCUAUUGUGAAACGGUUUUGCACCGGGGGGAUGUCCCUUGGAGCUAUAUCUAGAGAAACUCAUGAAGCAAUUGCAAUUGCAAUGAACAGAAUAGGUGGAAAAUCAAAUUCAGGGGAAGGUGGUGAGGAUCCUAUUCGCUGGAAACCACUUACUGAUGUUGUUGAUGGUUACUCUUCGACUCUUCCACAUCUUAAAGGUCUUCAAAAUGGGGAUACUGCUACUAGUGCUAUUAAACAGGUUGCUUCAGGAAGGUUUGGUGUCACUCCAACAUUCUUGGCAAAUGCUGAUCAAUUAGAAAUCAAAAUUGCACAAGGUGCAAAGCCUGGUGAAGGUGGACAAUUGCCUGGGAAAAAAGUUAGCAUGUAUAUUGCAAGAUUGAGAAACUCUAAACCAGGGGUUCCUCUUAUAUCUCCACCUCCUCAUCAUGACAUUUACUCUAUUGAGGAUCUUGCUCAGUUGAUAUUUGAUCUUCACCAGGUGAACCCUAGGGCCAAGGUAUCUGUGAAACUGGUGGCUGAAGCUGGAAUUGGCACUGUUGCAUCUGGGGUUGCAAAAGGCAAUGCGGACAUUAUACAGAUUUCAGGACAUGAUGGAGGAACAGGAGCAAGCCCUAUAAGUUCCAUCAAACAUGCAGGAGGUCCUUGGGAACUUGGACUUACGGAAUCUCACCAGACACUUGUUGCAAAUGGACUUAGAGAAAGGGUUAUUCUCAGAGUUGAUGGUGGAUUUAGAAGUGGAGUUGAUGUCAUGAUGGCAGCAAUAAUGGGUGCUGAUGAAUACGGGUUUGGUUCAGUGGCAAUGAUUGCCACUGGAUGUGUUAUGGCCCGCAUUUGCCACACCAAUAAUUGUCCAGUUGGUGUUGCCAGUCAGAGGGAAGAGUUGCGCGCACGCUUUCCUGGUGUUCCCGGUGAUCUUGUCAACCUCUUUUUAUAUGUAGCUGAAGAGGUAAGAGGCACUUUAGCACAGCUGGGGUACGAGAAGUUAGAUGAUAUAAUUGGCCAAACAGACUUGCUGAGACCAAGAGACAUAUCUCUUGUGAAAACUCAGCAUCUAGAUCUGAGUUAUAUCCUCUCUAGUGUUGGGUUACCUAAAUGGAGCAGUACAGAAAUCCGGAAUCAGGAGCCACAUACAAAUGGUCCUGUUCUGGAGGAUGGUUUGCUAGCAGACGCAGAGAUUGCAGAUGCCAUUGAAAAUGAAAAAGCAGUUAGUAAGACCGUAAAUAUAUACAAUGUUGAUCGUGCUGUCUGUGGUCGUAUAGCUGGUGUUAUUGCAAAGAAAUACGGUGAUACUGGUUUUGCUGGUCAGUUGAAUAUAACAUUUACAGGAAGUGCUGGGCAGUCAUUUGGAUGCUUUCUGACGCCAGGAAUGAAUAUUCGCCUUGUAGGAGAGGCUAAUGAUUAUGUUGGAAAGGGCAUGGCUGGAGGAGAAUUGGUUGUCACUCCAGUUGACAAGACAGGGUUUCAACCCGAGGAUGCAGCUAUUGUGGGUAACACUUGCUUGUAUGGGGCAACAGGAGGGCAGGUUUUUGUAAGAGGGAAAGCCGGGGAAAGGUUUGCUGUCAGAAACUCACUUGCUGAAGCUGUUGUUGAAGGCACAGGAGAUCAUUGUUGUGAGUACAUGACUGGUGGCUGUGUGGUUAUCCUAGGAAAAGUGGGAAGAAAUGUAGCUGCUGGAAUGACAGGAGGAUUGGCUUACAUUCUUGAUGAGGAUAAUACCCUCAUUCCCAAGAUAAACAGAGAAAUUGUUAAAAUUCAACGAGUAACAGCGCCUGUGGGGCAGAUACAGCUGAAGAAACUAAUUGAAGCUCAUGUUGAAAAAACGGGUAGCAACAAAGGCGAUGCCAUUUUGAAGGAUUGGGACAAGUAUUUAUCACUAUUUUGGCAGUUGGUUCCACCUAGUGAAGAAGAUACCCCUGAGGCUAAUGCCAAGUAUGACAUAACUUCUACAGAACAGGUCACUUUGCAGUCUGCUUAG